AUGUCGCCUGUGACUUGCAGCUAUAUGCGCAUGUCUCCUGUGAUUCACAGCUAUAUGCGCAUGUUGCCUGUGACCAGCAGCUAUAUGCGCAUGUUGCCUGUGAUUGGCAGCUAUAUGCGCAUGUUGCCUGUGAUUGGCAGCUAUAUGCGUAUGUCGCCUGUGAUUGUCAGCUAUAUGUGCAUGUCUCCUGUAAUUGCCAGCUAUAUGCGUAUGUCGCCUGCGACUGGCAGCUAUAUACGUAUGUUUCCUGUGAUUGGCAGCGAUAUGCGCAGGUCACCUGUGAUUGGCAGCUAUAUGCGUAUGUCGCCUGUGAUUGCCAGCUAUAUGCGCAUGUUUCCUGUGAUUGCCAACUAA